CUCUCUCCAUUGCACUAACCAAAUAUAAAAAUAUUAACCUACCCCUCCACCUUUGCGUAAACCAAACUUGAUAUCAUAUCACAGAAUCAAAAUCCAACCAGCAUCCACAUUAUUGCCCAAAGUCAUACUCCAUCUACACCCACAUUACCCUCUUUCUUUAAGUGCCUCUCUCUCUCUCUCUCUUUAAUAAUUAACCUAUCAAUCAUGAAAGUUUCCUUUAUGGCCAACUCUUUAAAUCUCCUUCUUCUUCGACCUUCUUUUCCUCACUUCCAAUGUCUCUUUCUUAGACCCUCAUCAUACCCAAGACUCAGAUUCAAAACCCGUUUCUACGCUAAUUAUCCAUCUCAAAACAUGGGCUCUCAAACCACCCAAAACCAAAUACUCCAUGAAUUCCGCUUCUUCAGGGUACACAAAAACGGUCACAUUGAAAAAUUCCAAUCCACAGAAAAAACGCCACCGUUUGACGACAGAGUCACCGGGGUCCAAUCCAAGGACAUCGUCGUUUCAUCCGAACCCGCUAUCUCCGCCCGCAUUUUCUUACCCAAGAUCCAAGACCCGACCCGGAAACUCCCCGUCCUUUUCUAUGUCCACGGUGGCGGCUUCUGCUUCGAAUCUGCGUUUUCUCCGAAGUUACACAACUACGUAACAACGUUGUCAUCCGAGGCUGACGUCAUCGCUGUCUCGGUCGAGUACAGGCUAGCUCCGGAGCACCCAAUCCCAGCUUGUUACGAGGAUUCGUGGGCUGCGCUCCAGUGGGUCGCGUCCCACGCUAAGAGAAAUGGACCCGAGGCGUGGCUAAACGAACACGCUGAUUUGGACAGAGUUUUUGUCGCUGGGGACAGUGCUGGAGGCAAUAUUUCUCACUAUUUGGCUUCUCGGGUCGGGUCGGACGGGUUACCGGGUGUGAAGCUAGUUGGGGCGGUUUUGGUGCACCCGUAUUUUGGUGGUACGGAUGAUGACAAAAUGUGGCUGUACAUGUAUCCUGGAAAUGGUGGGUUGCAGGAUCCCAAGCUGAAACCGGCAGUAGAGGAUCUGGCUAGGCUUGGGUGUGAGAGAGUGUUGGUUUUUGUGGCUCAAAAGGACCAUUUGAGAGAGGUGGGUUGGACUUACUAUGAGGAAUUGAAGAAGAGUGGAUGGGGUGGAAAUGUAGAGAUUGUAGAGAAUGAAGGAGAAGAGCAUUGCUUUCAUAUUGAGGAUCUAAGUUAUGUGAAGGCACAAGCUUUGAUUAAACGUUUUGUUUCUUUCUUGAAGGAGGGUUAGGUCCACUUUGUUCGGCUUGAGGGUUUCGGCUAUUGAGCCCAACUUAGAUAUAGGUGAUCGUUAGAGCUUUGGGAUGGGCUUGUUUUUUAAUGGGCUUUUGUUCCUAGUGCAAGGCUCUCUGCAUUCUUCCAAAUUCAUCCUAAUCUCCAUAGUGUUUCCCUCCCUAUUGUGUGUUUGUGUCUGUUUUAAAGUUUUGCAUUUGAAAUCUCUGCCACUUGUAGGAUGUAUUUCUAAAAA